AUGGAGAAUUCCUCGUCUAAUGUCAGAUAUUCGGCCGCCACACUGCCGGCUCCAGUCAUCAGCGAAGAUGUUGACGAGCAAUCUCCUCUCUUACGAGGCUCCGACACAUGCCGUCGAGAUCUUCGGAUCGUAUUAAAAUUGCUCACCCCUGGCAGCUACUCCAAUCUACUUCUGGUCUUCAUCCCUUUGGGGAUAACAUAUGGUGUCCAGAAUAGAAGCCCAGAGCUCAUCUUUUGGUUCAAUUUCUUGGCCAUCAUCCCGCUCUCAAAAUUAAAUCUUCGGAAGAUCCGCCAGUUGUCAUCCAUGUUAGGCCCAAUGGGAGGGGGAUUCUUACACGCGAUACUGGAUAAUGCACCUUUGUUAAUUGUAGGAAUUGCCGCCAUCCAGCACGGCGCUGCUCAUAUUGCACAAUCCUGUAUCCUUGGAAGCGUCUUGGCCAACCUGCUUCUCGUUGUGGGAUGGUGUUUCUUGGUUGGCAGCAUUCACAACCGCGAGCUCAUAUUUAACGCCGCUUUUGCUACGACAGCAUCUUCUCUUAUGAUAGUUGCGUCGACCUCUCUAGUUGUUCCGUCUGCGAUCUCUGAGAUGCACUGCAGAGCCGAUCCUGACUGUGAAGACAAUUUGGUGCGAAUGUCGCAUUCAGUAUCCCUAGCCCUACUAUUUCUCUUCGUUAUAUACCAGCACUACCGAUGGAGAUCACAUCGCCAGCUAUUCCUAGAAGUCACACCGCCUGUCCUGGCUGACAGCUCCGAUAUAAGUCGAAUACUGUUUGGAAUCGUUGAAGGCAUUCUUCUCAUCUCCGUUUUGGGUCUGGCUUCGAUGUCUUCCUACUUCCUCAUGCGUACCUUGAGCUCAGUGACCGAUUCCCGCUUCAUCAGCAGCAGAGCUGUUAGUUUUGUCUUCUUACCGCUGGCAACCGACGGACCAGGUCGAAUUGAAGCCAUCGUAGCCGCAUAUAACAACCACAUGACGACGGCUCUCGAAUUUGCAAUCGGCCGAAGCAUGAAUGUCGCCUUGUUCAUUACGCCUGCGUUGGUCCUCUUCUCAUGGGUAGCUCAAUCCAGCCCUCCCAUGACUUUGCAUUUCCCUACUUUGGAGACGAUUUCCAUCUUCCUUGGCACAUUACUAGUAGCCGAGCUAUGCCGAGACGGCAAAAGCGAUUACUUGGAGGGCGCCAUGUGUCUCGUCACGUCAGUUUUGUUGGCCCCCCUUUUCCACUUUUUUGACUAUUCUGCCCCAUAUACGCCCCAGCUAAUUGCUUAUAUCUACAGGUAUUUGAUACUGUCAUUCUCUUUCUAA